UCCAUAUACUUGUGUGUUUGGUGGAGUAUGAAUGAGUUUCAAAGGACUAACAAGACAUUCUGGUUGAUGGCAUUUCAUAAAUUUCACUGUCAAAAUUUGAUGAUGCGUGUACAUAAAUGUUGAAUCAAGAUUGAUUGUGAUGAAAGAUUUUCUCAUUUGUGCUGGUGAGAAUUAAUUAAUUAGAUUGUGAAAAUCAUGGUUGCAAAUAUGAUUGGCUAUGCUCUUGCAAAGUUGCAACUUGGAGGUCCAUACUUGUGUGUGUGGUGGAGUUUGAAUUAGUUUCAAUGAUGGCAUUUCAUAUAUUGAGACAAUCUGGGACAGCUGAUUUGUAUUUCACUAUCAAAAUUGGAUGCACAUCCAUAAAUGUUGAAUCAAAGAUGGAUGAUUGAUGAAGAGUGCCAAAUUGGGAUUCAACCACUCGUUUCUCAUGUUGACAAUGAAAUCAGGUAGGUUUACUUUCACGUGCUGGUUGUAAUGCGAAUAAAACAAUGGUUUGAUGAGAUUUAAGAAAAUCAUACACAAUCCAAUAGAAAAUGAUUUUCUUGUCAAAGUUUCUAAUCUGCACGGCUUCCAAUGGAAAAACAGAGUGAAAAUCGAGUAUCAUUGUCAUUUUAUAUAUAAUUAGUUGGCUGGGAUUGGAGGGUUUUAUUAUGGGUUUAAAGGAAAAUAACCCAAACAAAACAAAGUUAGGGGGGCACAAUUAGAGGUUUGGACCUGGGGAGGAACGACAGGUAGAGAGCAAAGCAGAGCCUAUAUGAGUGACAGAACAGACCUUAUUUUCUGGGUUCCUUUUGGAGAGAAACUUCUUCGUACUUUCAUUUCUGACAUUAGGGGUGUUACAGUUUUCCUCUAGCACUCAUUCAUUAAGUUGCGAAAACAAUAUAUACACACAAAGACACAGAAGCUAGCCCUGCUUCGUAUACGAACUGGGUUUUGGCUAGGACCUCUUCUUCACCUUUGAGAUUGAUCUCUUUUGAAGGAAUCAAAUGGCUCAAGUUGGAUUACCAUGGUGUGGUUUGAGGUGGAGUAUGGGAAUGGUUGUGGCUGGUUUUCUUGUUGUGGCUUUAGUGAUUGGUUCACUACAAGAAACAUUCCGACAAGAUGCUUCAACUUUCCAAUCUGGUUAUUUAAACAGUGCGCUAAGCUUUGUAUGGCGACCGGGUCGAUUGGGUUAUGUGGCUGUUUGGCCUGAAAUGGAAUUUGGUUGGAGAAUUGUGGUGGGAACAAUAAUUGGAUUCAUUGGAGCUGCGUUUGGGACUGUGGGAGGAGUAGGUGGGGGUGGCAUUUUUGUUCCUAUGCUCACUUUGAUUAUCGGGUUCGAUGAUAAAUCAUCAACAGCAUUAUCCAAGUGUAUGAUCACGGGUGGAGCAGCUGCAACUGUUUUUUACAACUUAAGAUUAAGGCAUCCUACUCUUAACUUGCCAAUCAUCGACUAUGACCUGGCGCUUCUUUUCCAACCGAUGCUUAUGCUUGGGAUUAGCAUUGGAGUUUGUUUGAAUGUAAUAUUUGCUGACUGGAUGAUUACAGUGUUGCUAAUCAUUAUUUUCUUAGGCACAUCAACUAAGGCCUUCUUCAAGGGAGUUGAGUCCUGGAAAAGAGAAACUAUACUGAAGAAGGAAGUUGCCAGACUAAUGCAGUCAAAUGGUAAUGGUAGUGAAGAAGUUGAAUACAGACCUUUACCUGGGGCUCGAACCAACGAUAGUCCAUCAGGAACAAAUGAGUCUAAAAGGAAAGAGGUUUCUAUUAUUGAGAAUAUUUGCUGGAAGGAACUUGGACUUCUGGUUGUUGUCUGGAUCUUAAUACUUGCGUUGCAGAUCGCUAAGUAUUAUACCACAACUUGUUCGGUAGCAUAUUGGGUAUUGAACCUCAUGCAGAUACCCGUGGCUUUUGGAGCGAGUUCAUACGAGGCUGUUAGACUGUACUAUGGACAAAGAGUGAUUUCAUCCCAGGAAGUAUCAAGCACAAAUUGGAAAGUGCACCAUCUUAUUCUUUAUUGUGGCUGCGGCAUAAUAGCUGGUAUAGUUGGUGGUUUGCUUGGACUUGGUGGAGGCUUCAUUCUGGGUCCUCUUUUUCUGGAGCUGGGAGUCCCACCUCAGGUGUCGAGUGCCACAGCUACAUUUGCCAUGACAUUUUCUGCAUCCUUGUCAGUUGUUGAAUACUACCUCCUCAAACGUUUUCCAGUUCCCUAUGCUCUCUACUUUGCUGCUGUGGCCAGCGUUUCAGCCCUCGUAGGGCAACAUGUGGUGAGAAAGGUUAUUAAAAUACUAGGGAGAGCGUCUAUAAUUAUCUUCAUUCUCGCUGCAACAAUCUUUGUCAGUGCAAUAUCACUAGGUGGGGUUGGCAUAGCGAAUAUGAUUGAAGAGAUUGAGAACAACGAGUAUAUGGGAUUUGAAGACAUGUGCACUUAACAGCUUUCCUUUUUCUUUUUCUUUUUCUUUUUUUCUUUUCUCAGAAUUGUAGAACUUCGAGUAUAGUAGGGACUGAAUGACAACUUUUUUGGACCAACUAAGCUGGUUCUACGGUUAAUCUAUAGACUACUUCAAGA